UAGAAUUAAUAGUAGAAAAAAAAAAAAAGAAAUCGAAAGAUGAACUGAGAGAGAAGCAAAAAACUGGUAAGCAGAACACGUAAAAAAAAAACGGAAGAUGAGAGAGAAGAAUCUGAAGAAUGAGAGCGAGAGAGAGAAAGGAGGAAAGAGGUACACAAAAGAAUGAGGAUGAGAAUGAAGAGAGGAGGAAGAGGAGGAGGAGGAGGAGGAGCCACAACGAGAACAUAAGAGAAAGGAUCACAAGUAUCAAUCCACUCAAAGGUUUAGGUGGAUGGGAGGGGAAUCUGUCUCCCUCUCACCCUCCCUCUCUUCUUCCCUCUCUCCCUCCCCCUCUCCAAAGUUUACAUGUCGAGACUAGAAGCUUGGAUGGGGUAAAAGGUUGUGUGUUUGGGGGAGGGGUGGAGAAAGAGGAAGAGAGAGAGGUGGCCCAGGAAUCAGUGCCACAUAUAAAGCGAGUGUGUGUGCGUGUGUCUGUCAUUAGUGUGCCCGAGACCCACGCCACCAACACCACUACCACUAGCUCGGCGCCAUGAAGGUGGCGGCGCCCCUCGUACUAGUGGCGGUGCUGGUCCUCGCGCUCAUUCACAUCACACCAACAAACGCUCAAGGGGUUGGUACUCCAGGAGGAGGCCAGCCCGGAGGAGGCCCACCCGGAGGAGGCCCACCGGGAGGAGGCCCGCCCGGAGGAGGCCCGCCCGGAGGAGGCCCACCCGGAGGAGGCCAGCCUGGAGGAGGCCCAACAGGAGGAGGCCCACCAGCAGGAGGCCAGCCUGGAGGAGGCCCCCAAGGAGGAGGCCCGCCCGGAGGAAGCCAGCCCGCAGGAGGCCCACCGGGAGGAGGCCCACCAGCAGGAGGUCCGCCUGGAGGAGGCCCACCGGGAGGAGGCCUACCCGGAGGAGCCCCACCGGGAGGAGGCUCACUAGCAGGAGGUCCUUCUGUAGGAAGCCCACCAGUAGGAGGCUUGCCCGGAGGAGGCCCACCAGCAGGAGGCACACCUGGAGGAGGCCCACCAGCAGGAGGCCCGCCUGGAGGAGGCCCACCAGCAGGAGGCCCGCCCGGAGGAGGUCCAGCAGCAGGAGGCCCUUCUGUAGGAGGCCCACCAGCAGGAGGCCCGCCCGGAGGAGGUCUACCAGCAGGAGGCCCGCCCGGAGGAGGCCCACCAGCAGGAGCCCCGCCUGGAGGAGGCCCACCAGCAGGAGGCCCGCCCAGAGUAGGUCCACCAGCAGGAGGACCCCCUCCAGCCGGGCCUCCGCCAGCUAUUCCUCCGCCAACAGGAGGACCACCUCCAGCCGGGCCUCCACCAGCAGGACCCCCGCCAGCUGGACCUCCACCAACUGGUCCUCUACCAGCAGGACCCCUGCCAGCUGGGCCUCCCCCAGCAGUGCCUCCACAAGCAGGACCCCCACCAGCAGGACCUCCACAAGGAGUGCUUCCACUAGGGGGACCUCCACCAGUAGUACCCCCAUACCCACCUCAACAGGCCCCACCUCCACAAUAUCCACCUCAACACCCCCCACCACCUCAGUACCCACCUCAACAACCACCACCGCCUCAAUAUCCACCUCAGCAACCACCACCACAGUACCCACCUCAACAACUCGCACCACAGUACCCACCUCCUCAACCCCCAGCUCCCCAAUAUCCACCUUACACCACAACACCACCGCCCUACACCACACCACGUCCCUACACCACUACACCACCACCCUACUACACCACACAGCCACCCUACACCACACCACGCCCCUACACCACAACACCACCACCAUACUACACCACACAGCCACCCUACACCACACCACGCCCCUACACCACUACACCACCACCUUACUAUACCACAAGGCCUUCUUACACAACACCACCACCAUACUACACCACACAGCCACCCUACACCACACCACGCCCCUACACCACAACACCACCUCCCUACUACACCACACAGCCACCCUAUGCCACACCACGCCCCUACACCACUACACCACCUCCCUACUACACCACAAGGCCUUCUUACACCACAACACCACCACCAUACUACACCACACAGCCACCCUACACCACACCACGCCCCUACACCACACAGCCACCCUACACCACACCACGCCCCUACACCACUACACCACCACCUUACUAUACCACAAGGCCUUCUUACACAACACCACCACCAUACUACACCACACAGCCACCCUACACCACACCACGCCCCUACACCACAACACCACCUCCCUACUACACCACACAGCCACCCUACACCACACCACGCCCCUACACCACAACACCACCACCUUACUACACCACAAGGCCUUCUUACACAACACCACCACCCUACUACACCACACAGCCACAAUACGCCACACCACGCCCUUACACUACCACACCACCACACUACCACACCACUCAGUCACACUACUACACCACUACACCACCACCAUACCAUACCACACCACAACCCUACCACACCACACCACAACCGCAGUCUCACUACUACACUACUACACCAUCACUCUACCACACCACUCAGUCACACUACAACACCAUCACACCACAUCCCUACCACACCACACAAUCACACUACUACACCACCACACCACAACCCUACCACACCCCUAAAUCAUACCACUACACCACCACACAACCAUCCUACACCACACAAUCAUUCUACCACAACACACAGUCGUCCUAUCACACCACACCACAGUCCUACCACCCACCAGACGUGUCCUAUGAACCUCCCAAGUCUUCAUAUAUCUUUUACACCACAAAGACCCCAACCUACCACUCCCACUCCCACACACCCAAAUCCUCAUACACACACCCUAAAGCUCCCUCACCCCUAUACAAAGCCCCCAGAGGCCCUAAAGCCCCCGAAGGAAGAACCUACGGCAGAUCCAAGAACAAACCACGUUCCCACAGACACUGGGGACCUCAAAAGGCUGUCGUAAGACCCGUGAACGACAAGCACCUCCCAAGAAACUUCCACACACUAGUAAGGGACCUGAUCCAAGACAAUUCCCACGGACAGACGACUCAGACGAAAGGAGGCGCAUCUCAUACGUACUACGCCAGCCUGCCAGGUUCCCGCCCCGCUAGAGUGGACGUGUUCAAGAUAAUACCUGCGGUCGCUAUGUCACACCGGUCUGGUCACAUCACCCACCACGUAUACGGGUAUCCUAAGCACUAGGCGGCCCUCUACCUCCCCCGCGCAUCUGAGGAAGAUGAGGACGGGAACGAGAGUGAGACACGACCUUUGUCAUCAGGGAGAGGAGUGAUCUUUCUUUCCUCCGGGCGUUCUCUCUUCGUCACCACACUACUCCCACAGCCCUGUCCGGUAUCUGCGUGGCGGUAAUGCUCCUUCCCUCUCUCCGCCGCUGCUGUGUUAUGGCGCUACCAUCGUGAACUGUUACCAUUAACUUAUUUAUUCAGUGGUUCAUUCUUCUGGUAGUGACAUAUCAGGGAUAGUAGUGCGGGGUAGAGUACUGCAAGCAGGAGGGGACUGACAUCUGGCCUUGUACUUAACCAUUUCAUUGUUCUUGGCCACGUCUUUCCUUGAUCAUAAGCCACCUUCAGACAUUUAAUUUUCAUGUUUAAGUAACCUUUUAAUAUUGUACUAUCUAAAAAGUGAAAAAUCUAUUCUUCAAAUCCCUUGUUUCUGUCUUGUAAGUGGUGGUAAAGAUUGCGUAGUGCUUCUGAUGUGAAAGGGUUAAUUUUUACCUUCAUUUCUACAGUAAAAAAAACAAAAAAAAACACAAUGAUUCAGAUGAUACUUUGUCCCUGAAGUACCAUCGUGCAGUCUCCAAGUUGUCUCCAGUACUACACGCCUUGCCCGCAUUACCAUCUCACAACUGUACACCAUGUAAAGCAGGAGACGAGGGGCGUUCUAACACAAUUCGGCCAUGACUCUCGCACUACUAACAAUCAGUUGCUUAAAAUAAAAUUCAGCAUCGAAAGCUACCGAGUAAAAUUCCAUGCCCAGUCAGUUCUGAAGUGCCAUGUAAUUAAUCGUGUAUGUAGCCUUUAAGAAACAGUCCUCGUGACGACACAAUACUGCCUGAUUGUGUUGGGUCCCUGUCGCUGCGCCUCAUCACUCUCUAUGUGAGAUAAAGACAAGAGUCAUAUUUGUAUAUCAGUUAGAAUAUUUCUCACUUAGCAUUAGUAUUUAUGAUGUAGUGAAGACUUCUUAUAAAUACUACACAACAGAAUGAAAGGAAGGAAAGUUGCAACGAGUGCAGGCGGCGGUUGGACCAUUGUGACAUGACCAAUACUGUCUACCUCUGGUUUGUGAGAAUAGCCAAACAAAAACCUGUUGAACUUUUCUUGUUUAACCAUCAUAAACACACACUUCCUUGUCAUUCGCUUGUCCCAAAGUAUUACGAAGAAAUAGGCGUCUGUCCGGAAUCAUGCCAAAUCUGGUCUUCAUUUAGCCAAAAACUCCUUCAUUAAUGGAAAGUGUCAAAAUUUUUCAGGAUCGAACUCUCCUCGUGACUUCUGGCAUCUAGCCAAAAACAUCUCCAAUAAUUUUGCUUCUUCAACUUCAACCUAAUGGCACCACUGCCAUCUCAUCUAUUUCUACAGCUGAACUCUUCGCUCAAACUUUUGCUAAAAAUUCUACCUUGGAUGAUUCAGGGCUUGUUCCUUCCUCUCCUCCGGCCUCUGACUACUUCAUCUUACCCAUUAAAAUUUUCCGCAGUGAUGUUUUCCAUGCCCUCGCUGGCCUAAACCCUCGGAAGGUUUAUGGACCUGAUGGGGUCCCUCCUAAUGUUCUCCGAGACUGUGCCUCCGUGCUUGUACCUUGCUUAGUCAAACUCUUUCAACCCUGUUUAUCAACAUCUACCUAUUCUUCUAGCUGGAAGUUUGCCUACAUUCAGCCUGUUGCUAAAAAGGGUGACCUUUCUAAUCCCUGUCCUAUUGCUUUAAUUUCCUGCCUAUUUAAAAUUUUUAAAUCUAUCCCUAACAGGAAGAUUUUUAUACAUCUUUCAUUUCACAAUCUUCUAUCUGAUCGCUGGUAUGGGUUCCAUCAAGGCUGCUCUAAUGGUGAUCUUCUGGCUUUCUUUACUGAGUCUUGGUCAUCCUCUUUGAGAGAUUUUGGUGAAACUUUUGCUGUUGCCUUAGGCAUAUCAAAAACUUUUUUGAAAGAAUCUGGCACAAAGAUUUGAUUUCCAAACUACCCUCCUACGGCUUCUAUCCUUCUCUCUGUAAUUUCAUCUCAAGUUACCUUUCUGACCGUUCUAUUGCUGCUGUAGUAGACAGUCACUGUUCAGUUCCUAAAUCUAUUAACAUUGGUUUUCCUCAAGGUUCUGUCCUGUCUCUCUAUUAUUCAUCAAUGAUCUUCUAAACCAAACUCUUUGUCCUAUCCACUCCUACGCUGAUGUUAUCUCCCUGCACUUUUCCACGUCUUUUCAUAGGCGCCCAAGCCUUCAGGAAGUAAGCAGUUCACGCAGGAAAGCCACAGAAUGCCUGACUUCUGAUCUCUGAAAUUUCUGAUUGGGGCAGAGCAAACUUAGUAUUGUUCAAAGCCUCAAAAAACUUAAUUCCUCCAUCUAUCAACUCGAUACAACCUUCCAGACAACUAUCCCCUCUUCUCCAAAGAAACUCAACUGUCCCCCUGUUCUACGCUGAACAUCCUCGGUAUAUCCUUUAAUUAUAAUCUAAACUGGAAACUUCACAUCGCAUCUCUGGCUAAAGCAGCUUCAAUGAAGUUAGGUGUUUUUAGUCGUCUCCUCCAGUUUUUUUUCACUCUCCCAGCUGCUAACUCUGUAUAGGAAUCUUAUCUGCCCAUGUAUGGAGUAUGUUUUACAUGUAAGGGUGUUUCCACACAUACCGUUAUUUUAGACAGGGUAGAAUUAAAAGCUUUUUUGUUUUAUCAACUCUUUUCUAACUGACUGUCUUCAGCCUCUUUCUCUUCGCCGUAAUGUUGCAUCUCUCGCUAUCUUCUUGGUCCAUGCUAACUGCUCUUCUGAUCUUGCUAACUGCAUGCCUCCCCUUCUCCCGCGGUCUCGCUGCACAAGACUUUCUUCUUUCUCUCAUCCUUAUUCUGUCCACCUCUCUAAUGCAAGAGUUAACCAGAAUUCUCAUUCAUUCAUCCCUUUCUCUGGUAAACUCUGGAACUCCCUGCCUGCUUCUAUAUUUUGUCCUUCCUAUGACUUGAACUCUUUGAAGAAGAAGGUUUGAAGACACUUAUUCUUCAGUUUUCGAUGAUUCCUUUGACAUCUCUUUUGAGACUGGCAUCUCAGUGGGAUUUUUUUCCUCUUUUUUCUUUUCUUUGGUCAGUGACCCUCUUACGUUAAAAAAAAAAAAAAAACACAAGCAUGAAACAUUACAAGAGCGAGAGCAAGGAAGCAAAGUCCUCAACGUAAGUGGACGCCUGACAAUGUUCCACGAGUGGGAAAUAUUGUCGGAGCGAAGAUGCUAAGCUGAAGCUGUGAUGAGUAGCGAAUAAAUGCCUGAAAGAUCUGAAGAAUGUUCGUAAAAGAAGUAAGCACAGGGAACAGAGACUACGACUAGACAUACACUUCAAGUCUGGAAGAAGGACAGCACUACCAUCUAUCAGUUUCUUGUUUCCUGAGACAGGUACAUAAACACAAUACUUGUUAUAUUUCUUAUCAUUUUUCUCUCUUAUCUUUUACUUCUCUUGCUUUCUACUUUCCUCUUUAUCUUUCUCAUUUUCCUUGUCUUUUCCUCAUUAUUCAGAGUUUCUUUGAGAUAGUGACAUAAGACUGACAUAUAGACAGAAUGAUUCCACAUAAAAUGAUAUGGAAAUAACAUCAGAUUGUUAGUGCCGAGUCAUAAGGGAACUUUAAAAGAAGAUUAGAUAGUUUCACGGGUAAAGAUGAUAGGUGGAAAUAGGUAAGUUUCAUGCAGGGAGUGUCACGUGUAGGCCUGACGACUUCCUGCAGCUUCCCUUAUUUUUUCAAGUUCUUAACUAUGAAGGUUCUCAGAAAUUCCUGACUCAAAGAUGUUGCUGCAUGAUAAUGGAAGGUAUUUCAAACAUAUAUUAAACAAUCUGUCCUUGAUACUUCGUUACGUAAGACCGUUUCCUUAUUAAUAAAGUAACGACUCACGCUAUAGUUUCAACAUGUACAGGAGCUGAAUUCCUAAAACUUAACUGAGUACCCAGUAUUAUGCAAAGUUUAAGGUCUUCACAUCAAGGUCCAUAAUAUCCUUCAUUGUUCCAGCCUUAUGUUUGAGGCUGUAGUGGAGGUUACUGAAGUUUCCAGGAUGCUCAUGUAAAUACAGUGGUAGAUUAGCAAGAAAUCCGCAUCAUUAUUCGGAAAACUACCAGUGAAAAACCUAACAGACAAUCUAUAUAGCCUUUGAAAAAUAAACCUCAUGUAAACCUAAA